UGAUCUCGUCCCAGUGCGGCUCCACUUCUGUCUUGUGCGUGUGGCGUGUGCCGGUGCUGACGAACAAACCGAAUCACCUGUAUUUCCAUUGCCCGAUUAUCCACCCGCCGCCACCCUUAGUCGCAGAACUCGAGAGUGCCGUGACGCAUCAUUUUAAAAGCCCCGCAGCCGCGUUGUACGUUACAUCCGACCGCAGUCGCGGAUUCAAUUCGUAAUUUUAUAUUAUACAAUCGUGUCGUUUUAAAAACAGUCCUUCUUAUUUUCAUUUAUUAUUUUUAAAACUUUUAUUUAUAAUAUCGUUUUCAAACGUCGUUUCGGUACGUGCGGAGAGUGUUGAUUAUUAAAAAUCGAGGCUUUGUAAAAUAGGGAGAGACAGACAAAGAGAGAGAGAGAGAGAGGAAAUAUACGGAGUUUGGGUAAAAUCGAGACGUCGAAAGUAACCGGAGCGUUGCGAAAAAGGGGGUUUGGGAAAAUUUUGACAUAAUGGCAGAGUCGUACUCGUCAGUUGCGACCGGCGGCAGUACGAUAAUGACAGGUACGAUAAGCGCGAUAAGUGAGAAGGCGACGCUUCGUGACGACGAUCGAGAUGGUGCCGCUGGAACAGGGCGGGGAAGGGUGAGGAACGGUCAGAAAAACUCCAAGGAGAAGCUGCGGGAGCAGCACGCCAAGGUGGAGGAGGACCUUGUCGAAGAGGAACCGAGAACGUCGUCCGGGAAGACCGACCUCUUCAUCUCCGAGACCCUGCCGCUGAUGCAGUGUGGCUCACUUUACAUCGGCGAGGAACGCCAGAAGCGGGUGACCAUGAUGGAGUCCCUUUGCCAAGUUAACAACAACAUCUACAACGGCAACGAGGGCAAGAGUAACAGCAACAGCAACAACAGGAACUUGACCACGAACAACGCGCCGGAGUGUCAAGACCCUCAGCAGCGACUCGCCGUCCUGAGUUUCGAGCAGGUUCGACGAUUGAACGACGUGAUGAACGAGGUCGUCGGCAUACACGGGAGAGGAAAUUUCCCGACUCUCGAGGUUCAGCUACGGGAUCUGGUUACCGUUGUGCGCAGCAAACUCGAGGCCGAUCCGAGCAACGGGGGCGCCGGAAUGAGGGUUAGGGACAUAAGGCUUAACGGCGGCGCGGCCUCCCACGUCCUGGCCACCGAGUCCCAGCCCUACAACGACCUGGACCUGAUAUUCGCCGUCGAGCUAUCGAGCGGGAGGAAUUACGACAAGGUCAAGGCCGCGGUGCUGAGCUCGCUGCUCGACCUUCUGCCGGAGGGUGUGAGCCGAAAACGCAUAACUACGUGCAGCCUGAAGGAGGCCUACGUGAGCAAGAUGGUGAAGGUGAACAACGACGGUGACAGGUGGUCGCUGAUAUCGCUGGGGAAUUCCCGGGGUCACAGAAACGUCGAGUUGAAAUUCGUCGACACCAUGAGGCGGCAGUUCGAGUUCUCCGUAGACUCUUUUCAGAUCGUCUUGGACUCGCUGCUGUUGUUCUACGAGUGCAGCGAACUGCCGAUCGGGGAAAACUUUUAUCCGACCGUCGUAGGCGAGUCUGUUUACGGUGAUUUUCAGGAGGCCCUUUACCACCUUCACAAGAAACUCAUAUCGACGAGGCAUCCGGAGGAGAUAAGGGGCGGUGGUCUUCUAAAGUACUGCAACCUGCUUGUCAGACUGUACCGGGCCUCGCAGCCGGACUACAUAAAGACCCUCGAGCGAUACAUGUGCUCGAGAUUCUUCAUAGACUUUCCGGACAUUGCCCAGCAGAGGAUGAAGCUCGAGAAUUACCUUUGGAAUCACUUCGUCGGGCCUCAGGAAGAGGGUCUCAAGUACGAGUACCUUAUGCUGCUUUACAACGUCGUCGAGGAGUCGACCGUAUGUCUUAUGGGACACGAACGGCGGCAGACGUUGGCGCUUAUUAAAAAUCUCGCGUGUCAGGUAUUCUGCGAGGAGCAGCAACGGCUUAUCAAUCAGCAUCAACCACCACCCCCACCCGGACCGCCGGCCACCUUCGUUUACGCCGCGAACGGAUAUUACUACACCCCCGUUAUACCGGCCUGCUACACCUGCUCCUGCAACUCCUGGAUGGCGUGCUCCUCGUGAUGCGACAUCGCCGACGGAGGGCCUCGAAACGACGAUCGGAUCGCGUCGACGACUGCUUAUUAUCAUUAUUAUUAUACCGCCGACGCCGCUGCCUCGUCCACGCUGAAAUUUCCAGUUGCAGCAGCAGCAGCAGCAGCAACGACGACGACGACGACGACGACGACGACAGCAGCAAAAGCAACAGCAACGGCAACGGCAAGAACGUGUCAGAUUUGUCAUCGUCGUAAUCAUCCUUUGAAAAAUCCAAACUUUCUUACACCCCUUGAUAACGGUACGAUUACAGUCGACGAUUAUACUGUACAUCGUGCCGCCGCUGCGUUAUUAUAUUUUCCAGCAACGUCGCUGGUUGUGCAUCGACCCUCGUUAUUAUACCGUAAAUAUAGCAAUCGCGUCGUCGUCAACGAUAUAUAAUAAUCGUAUUCUGUGCGGUGUAUUUUUGUUCUUUUUUUUCAUUUCGUUCCUUUCUUUAUUCCUUUCUUUUUGUUUGUUUUGUAAACUUUUUCGUUCUCUAUUUUUCACGGGUCAUUCUCCUUUUCUCUUUUUCACCACCAACACCACCAACACCACCUCCUCUUGUUUAAAACACAUUUACACAUAUGUUUGCAUAUACAUGUGGUAUGUUAUCGUAAGGACAAUAUACGUGUUAAACUGAGACUAUACAUAUAUACAUAUUAUAAACAUUAUAUAUAUAUAUCGAUAUAUAUAUAUAUAUCGAAGAAUAAGAAGACGAUGAGAAGAAGAUGGUAAAGAUAAUCGUAUAACGGUACAAAUUUAACAGUGUGGACGACAAAUCUAUUGUUACAAUUUUUUAUUUUAUUUAAAGAACAAUAAUAAAAGAAAAAAACGAAAACACUUGCUCCACCUUUAUUUUUAUCUUCUUCUUCUCACCUCUCUUUCGUUUCUAAUCGAAAUCUCUUUUCUCCCGUAGUCGCUUGAUUCUCAUAUGUGUAUAUAUAUAUAUAUAUAUAUAUAUAUAUAUAUAUGUACGAUACGCGUAAAUAGAGUCGAAAAUUAUAAAUUAUAUAAAUAUAUACGAGCAUCGAUCGAUCACGCGAUGAAGACGUGCAGGGAAACGGUUCAAGUUGCCAAAAAAAUAAUUGAAAACAAAAAAAGAAC